AAAUAUUUUUUGCACUUGAUUUUACAUUAAAUCAUUGUGUGUUCUUUGUAACAUUGUUUCGCUGUCUGCUAUCUAAGGUUAUUAUUGUAACAUUUCUUUUAGAUGGGUGGGAUUCCCAAGCAAGGUCCCCUUUCCGGAAAUGACGUAAUGUUAUUAUUAUUCCAGGAAGAGGGCACGGGAAAGCACUGAACUGCGUCAACAAUUGUUUUUAUCAUAGAUUCGGAUUUCAGCUCCUGUUCAACAUGGCAACUGGCCACUGCUGAGUGAUUUAUGGAACUGUUCCUGGACGGGACUUUAUUAAGCGACACCAUGGACACAUCAAACUUUGCCCACGUCAUCUUCCAGAAUGUGGGGAAGAGUUACAUGCCCCAUGCUGCACUGGAGUGUCACUAUACCCUGACACAGUUCAUCACACCCAAUCCAAAGGACUGGGUUGGCAUAUUCAAGGUUGGUUGGAGCACAGCGAGGGACUAUUACACAUUCUUGUGGUCGCCCCUCCCUGAGAACUAUGUGGAAGGCACCGCAGUCAACCGAAUAGUGGUCUUUCAGGGAUAUUAUGUGCCCAACGAUGAUGCAGAGUUCUACCAGUUCUGUUAUGUGACCCACAAAGGGGAGAUCAGGGGAGCCAGCACGCCAUUCCAGUUUCGUGCCAACAGCCCUUCAGAGGACGAGCUGCUGACUGUGGAGGAUGAAUGCAACUCUGACAUCCUGGUGGUCACCACCAAGGCUAGCUUCCUUGAGCAAAAGAUGGAGGAAGCCAAGAGAGAGAAAGAGGAACUGGUGAAAAACAUGGGCCUCCUGCAACAGGAGAAGGAGCAGCUGGAAGCUGAGAAGGAGAGUCUUCAGAAGGACUGUGAGCAGGAGAAAGAAACCUGUGCCCAGCUGAGAAGAGCGAGCCAAGAGGUGCAGAAUUCUUCCCAGGCCCUGCAAGAGGAGAAAGAGGAGGUGAAGAGGAGGCUGGAGGAGGCCACAGCCAGAGUUAUACAGUUGGAGGAGGAUCUGAUUGGAGUCACCCAGAAGGGCCUACAAAAGGAAACUGAGCUGGACAGUCUCAAGGAUAGAGUGAAGAAACUUACAGCAGAGAAGGAGGCACUUGAAUCUCAUCUUAAGAAUGAGAAAGAUGAGAAGGAACUAUACAAGACUCACCUGAAAAACCGGGAGCUAGAGAACACCAAGCUGAGUGCAGAGCUGCAGAUGCUGAAAUCUGUGGACGUGAACAAGGAAAACACCAUUGCCCAGUUUAAAGAGGAGGUGGGACGCCUGCAGACGUGCCUUACUGAAAAGGAGAAACAUUACAGAGAGAUACUGGCCAAAGUCCCCCCCUUGGGAGAUAUGAAGGCCCUGAAGGAGCAGCUGCGGCAGAAGGAGGAACAGCUCCAGGCCAAACAGCAGCAGUCCUCCUUGUUAGCCGCUGAGUUGAGGGACUCCUCUAGCACCCGCGACCGUACCAUGUCCGAACUCUACCACAUGAAGCUGGAGGCAGAUGCCAUUCGCCAGGCCAAGGCUGAAGCUCAGGCCCAGUGCGUCCGCCUGGAGCGCCUGGUAGAGCAGAUGAAGGCAGAGGCCAAGAUUGAAGCUGCCAAAGCAGAAGAAGAAGCUGCUGCCGACCCAGCUGUUUUAGCAGAGCUGCAGAGAGAGGUGGAGGACCUGAAGCUGCGGCUGCACAUGGCUGCAGAACACUACAAGGAGAAAUACAAGGAAUGUCAGAGACUGCAAAAACAAGUGCUUAGAUUCUCUGAUCCGCAAGGGGAUCUGAAGAGAAGCUCAGCACAAGAGGCCUCAACAAUCCCUUUAUCAGUGAGUCCAGACACUUCAGUGCCAGGGAGUCCAGGUUCUGCUGAUCCCAUGCUGGAAGCCAUCAUCCAGGAGAAACUUAAAGGCAUCAGCAGAGAGGCGUCCGACAGGAAUGACAAGUACAGGAAAUGCAAGCAGAUGCUGGUGGAGGAGAAGGAGCGUAGCUGCAUGUUUGCUGAUGAGCUGGCCAAGAUGGAGGUGAAAUUUAAGGAGCAACUGAAGACGAAUGAGAACAUGAAACUGCAGUUGGCAGCAGAGGAAGAUCGCUACAAGAGCCAGAUAGCUGAGAAGGGACGGGAGCUAAAGGAACUGAAGGGGACUCUAGCACUUGUUGUGAAGGAGAAGGAAAAAGUAGAGGAGGAGCUCCAGAAGGGCAGCAGCAGCAGGAAGGGAGAUCAGGGGGCCAGUGAGAAAACCGGCUUGGAGAGUAUCCAGUCCAAUGUGCCUUUAUUCCUGCAGUACCCUGUCCCCUACACCCAGGAUGCCCCCACCCCACUGCUGGUCUCUAAGAGCCCCAGCAAGCUGCAUUUUGGGAACCCUUACUCCAUCUCAGACUCUAAAGGUUUGUUUCCUUUUCAGAUAGAUUCACAUAACUUUAAUAAUUUACUUGUAUUUACGGUAGCUAUGUCUUUGAAUUCCCUUCCUGCAGAUGAGGGAGAUGAGGAGUUCUCAAAUGACCAGCUGCUUAGGCCCCCUGUGGGCCCGCCCUCCUGGGACAGCAAUGUGGUGUGUAACCAACCCACCCGCAAUCAUAGCCGGCCAGAAGGCCACGAGGAGUCAGAGGAAAAGCAAAACAUCAACAAUGGUAAUACCAACGAACAGCCCACAGCAACUGAAACUCACAGCCCAUUUGUGACCGAUGGACAAACUGCCUUCUGCUUUGAUCCCAGCAUGGACAUGAAGCGAUGUCCACUCUGUGAGGUCAUCUUCCCACCCAACUAUGACCAGAGCAAGUUUGAGGAGCACGUGGAGAGCCACUGGAAAAUCUGCCCCAUGUGCAGCGAGCAGUUCCCGCUGGACUGCGACCAGAAGGUGUUUGAGAAUCAUGUGCUCACUCACUUCGAUGGCCACCCGCUCAACUUUGACUGAAGAAACCGAAAAUCAGCACAUUCAGUCUGCCUACUUCCUGUCACCACUGAAAUAAAUCACUCUGCACUCUUUUCUGCAUGUAAUGGUGUGAAGAUCUACUCUUUAGGACUAUACUGACUUUCGCUUUGUUACUUCAAGUUAGAGAAACACUUUGAAGUGAUGUGACAUUUUGAAAUGACAUUCUAGUUCAGUGUAUAUGGCAGGGCUACGAAAAUGUUUUUAUAGGUGGAAGAUUUCCCUUCAUUUGGAAUUUGAAGAAUAAUUUAGGGGGAUAAGACUGUUGUACGUACAAUACGGACUUUAAAUUGACUCGGCUCUCACAGAUCUGUCAGACUACAGGAUGUAAUGAAUCAGGGAAAGUGUUUACCAAACUUACAUUUAAAACAUCCAACCAAAUGGUUCCCCCCUUAAACUUCACUGUACAACUCAUUUGCUCAUUCUUUUUAGAAAGCAGCCUUGCUGCACUAUAUGCAGUCAGGGAGAUAGCUUCAGUGAUUACAUUCAGACAUGAUAAUACACUAUAUCAUCAGAUCAUCUAUUUUAGAAUAAUUAAAGCUAAUGAUAUUGUGAAAGCCUUGCUACUUUGUGUAUGAUAUAGAUUUGUUUUAUGUUAGGUUUCCUUUGUUUUGAUUUAUACAUAUUUAAUUGGGUUUUUUGGGUCAGAAUCCUUAUGAACCUUCAUAUCAUCAGCUAAUCAGUGCAUGCUGAGCUUAUGUUAAAUUUCCUUCUUCGGUUCUUCUCUUUUACAGUAAUAAGUUAUUUCAUCCAUAGAUAUGUUUCAUCUGUUAAGUGAGUUUCAUGUAUCUAAUACAAACUAAUAAAGUCUGUUUGAAUCUGAAA